AUGACGGCCUGCCACAGCGUCGCCGCGAGGCGACUUCCUCGCGCUAGCCCUCGUCAUCUCUCAGCCGCAAGCCGGUGUUAUGUUCCUCUCGUUUUUUCCCUUUUUCUGCUUCUAAUUUCUCUUUUGAAGGCCACUCUCCUCAGCGUGUUUCACGCCCUUGCCUCCCUCGGCGUCGCGAUCUCGCUUCCUCUGGUCGGCCCUUCACUCGCGCCAUCGAGGUCACUCGCGCUUUCUCCUCGGCGGCAUCGACUUGCCCUGCCCCCAACCUUGCUUCGCUCGCUUUCCUCUCUUCUCCCGCAGCUUCCUCCUUCGCCUUCCCCCCCCUCAGCCCUGCCUUCCGCGGACCUUUUCUCCGUUCCCCUGCCUCUCCCCGCGGCCUCGCCGAGCGGCUGCCGCCCGGCGUGUGCGCUCGAGGCAGCGUGCCCUUCUCUCCUCGUUGGCCGCUCGCCCCUUUCCGCCUCGCCCCUCCUCUACGUUCUUCCGCUCUGUCUGCUGCUUUCCUGCUUCUCGCUUCUGUCGGCGGCUGCGCGCGUCGAGACAGCGGAGCCGCGGCGGCCUCUGCAUCCCUCCAUCGCAGAAGCGCUGGGUUCAGUCCCGCCAGUCAAGUUCGUCUUUUGCGUCACACUUUCCGCUUUCCUCGCGGUCGCUGUCGUGGCCUCUCUGGGAAGGGCUAUCCGGCCUGCGGAGAUGUUUCGUUUGCCGCCUCUCUCGCGGUCGCUCUUCCUUCCUGCCUACCCUUCCAUCCUGCCGCUGCUGCCUCUGGGCAGGACCUCCGCACGCGGCCGCCGGAUUCACCGCCACCACAAGUCAAGCGUGCAUACACUCCCCUGCUCGCCUCCCUCUGCACUCGGGCGCCGCGCCUUCACGAGCGAAGCGGCUGACCUGUCAAGCAUGGCGAGCCGCGAAGAAGGUACGGCGCCUGUCGAGGCGCCCGACAGCAGAGAAACCCGCAGCGGCCUCCAGGCUGAAGGCGAAGGCGAAAGAGCCAGGCGCGCCGGUGUGGAGAUCCCUCGACUGCUUUACGGCACAGCUUGGAAGAAGGACAACACAGAAAAACUCGUCAAAAACGCCCUCUUUGCCGGGUUCACCGGCAUCGACACAGCGUGCCAGCCGAAGCACUACGACGAGGCGGGCGUUGGUCGAGGCCUGCAGGCGUUUCUGCGCGAGAAGAGUCUGCCGCGGAGCUCGCUGUUCAUCCAGACCAAAUUCACUCCCAUCGACGGCCAGGACCCCAGGAAGCCGCUGCCCUACGACCCGCACGCGCCGGUGUCCGAGCAAGUCCAGCAGUCGCUUCAGACGUCGCUGGCGAACCUGCAGGUGGAGUAUUUGGACAGCGUGCUUCUUCACUCGCCGAUGCGGACGGCGGAGGAGACUCUCGAGGCGUGGCGGGCGCUGGAGGCCGCUGUUGACGAGCGCCGCGUGCGGCUCAUCGGCCUCAGCAACUGCUACGACGUCGUCACGCUGCGCAAACUCUACGUGGCAGCCCGCCACAAACCGAGGCUCCUUCAGAACCGAUUCUACGCCGACACCGGAUACGACAAAGAGAUUCGCGAGUUCUGCGAUGGACACGGCGUGGUGUAUGAGGCCUUUUGGACUCUGACGGCGAAUCCGCAUAUGCUGCGCUCAGCCGCAGUCCGCAGCGCAGCCACACGCUUCAACUGCACGCCAGCUCAGGCGUGGUUCCGCUACUUGCUGGAGAAAGGCAUCGUCGUGCUCACCGGGACGACCUCAGAGCAGCACAUGCGCGAGGACUUGGAAGUUCUCAGCCUGGACUUCUCGCGCCAGAGCUUCGAGGCGAUUGACCGAGAAGUCGAGCUGUACGCCUGA